AUGCACACCACGUUCUUUCUGCUGCCAGGAGCCACUGUUGCUCUCGUAAUGGGAGCCUCGAUCACGAUGCCCCGUAACGACGGUUACAAGAUUGAUGACUUGGGCAACGGCAUUUUCACUGCAUUUUUCAGUGAGGGCGGUCUCGUUAAUGUCACUCGAAUUGACGACAUUAAACCUCCUGUCGCCACCGAAAUCUUGCCUCGAAUUGGGCCAACCCGCCGAGACAUUCCAAUCACCAGGUUCGGUUGCUACCGUGAAUCCGUAAACCACGGCGACUGGGAGAAUGUCAGAGCCAACUUCAAGAACUUUUGCGACGGCGGAGCUGUCAUUCCUGGCGGCGGUCUUCGUGGGGGCGAGUUCGACGAAUUCCUUGAUUACAUCAAUAAACAUUGCGGGGGCUGGUAUGGAGGCUGGGUGGACAUGGACAGUUGGGCGAAGCAAUAUGGUAUGCAGCAGAAGGGCGAGGCGAUUUGCGGCAAGGCUGAUCGCGUUCAAUGGCGAAAGCUGUAA